AAACGGCCGCUUGGCAACGCGCGUGAGCCCAGGGGCCGCCGACCGCCGCUGCGCCCCGCGCUGCUUCUGCCGCUGCUGCUGCCGCGAUUGCAGCCGCCGCCGUUGCCGCUCGCCCUGCCUCCGCCGCCGCCGUGCCUCCUCCCUCACUCGCCGGCGCGCUCGCCUCCUCGUUAGAUAGUGUGCGAGCCGCCCGAGAAUCAGACACACUCCGGACUCGGCCAAAAGCAACCGAGAGGAGGUGUAGUGUGGUGCCAGGGGGUGGGAGGGGAGGGAGGGAGGGAAAACAAGAAGGAGGAGGAGGGGAGGCAAGAAAGAGAGAAACAACACCGAACAACUAGAAGGGGAAAAAAAAGAAAGAAAAGAAACCCACCCGCCCACCAAAAAAAUUUUUUUGAGAGAAAAAAAAAAAAAGAAGAAAAAUCCUGUGGCGCGCCGCCUGGUUCCCGGGAAGACUCGCCAGCACCAGGGGGUGGGGGAGUGUGAGCUGAAAGCUACUGGAGAGUGAGCAGCCCUAGCAGGGAUGGACAUGAUGCUGUUGGUGCAGGGUGCUUGUUGCUCGAACCAGUGGCUGGCGGCGGUGCUCCUCAGCCUGUGCUGCCUGCUACCCUCCUGCCUCCCGGCUGGACAGAGUGUGGACUUCCCCUGGGCGGCUGUGGACAACAUGAUGGUCAGAAAAGGGGACACGGCGGUGCUUAGGUGUUAUUUGGAAGAUGGAGCUUCAAAGGGUGCUUGGCUGAACCGGUCAAGUAUUAUUUUUGCCGGAGGUGAUAAGUGGUCAGUGGAUCCUCGAGUUUCAAUUUCAACAUUAAAUAAAAGGGACUACAGCCUCCAGAUACAGAAUGUAGAUGUGACAGAUGAUGGCCCCUACACGUGUUCUGUUCAGACUCAGCACACACCGAGAACAAUGCAGGUGCAUCUAACUGUGCAAGUUCCUCCGAAGAUAUAUGACAUCUCAAGUGAUAUGACCAUCAAUGAAGGAACCAAUGUCACCCUUACUUGUUUGGCCACUGGGAAACCAGAGCCUUCCAUUUCUUGGCGGCACAUCUCCCCAUCAGCGAAACCAUUUGAAAAUGGACAAUAUUUGGACAUUUAUGGAAUCACAAGGGACCAGGCUGGAGAAUAUGAAUGCAGUGCGGAAAAUGAUGUGUCAUUCCCAGAUGUGAAAAAAGUGAAAAUUGUCGUAAACUUUGCUCCUACAAUUCAGGAAAUUAAAUCUGGCACGGUGGCCCCUGGACGCAGUGGAUUGAUAAGAUGCGAAGGUGCAGGUGUGCCGCCUCCGGCCUUUGAAUGGUACAAAGGAGAGAAGAAGCUCUUCAAUGGCCAACAAGGAAUUAUUAUUCAAAAUUUUAGCACAAGAUCCAUUCUCACUGUUACCAACGUGACACAGGAGCACUUCGGCAACUAUACUUGUGUGGCUGCCAACAAGCUAGGCACAACCAAUGCGAGCCUGCCUCUCAGCCAAAUUAUUGAACCUACUACCUCUAGUCCUGUCACAAGUCCAGCUCCAAGUACAGCCCAGUAUGGAAUUACCGGGAGCGCUGACGUUCUUUUCUCCUGCUGGUACCUUGUGUUGACACUGUCCUCUUUCACCAGCAUACUCUACCUGAAGAAUGCCAUUCUACAAUAAAUUUAAAGACCCAUAAAAGGCUUUUAAGGAUUCUCUGAAAGUGCUGAUGGCUGGAUCCAAUCUGGUACAGUUUGUUAAAAGCAGCGUGGGAUAUAAUCAGCAGUGCUUACAUGGGGAUGAUCGCCUUCUGUAGAAUUGCUCAUUAUGUAAAUACUUUAAUUCUACUCUUUUUUUGAUUAGCUACAUUACCUUGUGAAGCAGUACACAUUGUCCUUUUUUUAAGACGUGAAAGCUCUGAAAUUACUUUUAGAGGAUAUUAAUUGUGAUUUCAUGUUUGUAAUCUACAACUUUUCAAAAGCAUUCAGUCAUGGUCUGCUAGGUUGCAGGCUGUAGUUUACAAAAAACGAAUAUUGCAGUGAAUAUGUGAUUCUUUAAGGCUGCGAUACAAGCAUUCAUUUCCCUGUUUCAAUAAGAGUCAAUCCACAUUUACAAAGAUGCAUUUUUUUCUUUUUUUGAUAAAAAAGCAAAUAAUAUUGCCUUCAGAUCAUUUCUUCAAAAUAUAACAUAUCUAGAUUUUUCUGCUCGCAUGAUAUUCAGGUGUCAGGAAUGAGCCUUGUAAUAUAACUGGCUUUGCGGCCCUGCUUCUCUUCCCUGUAAGUUCAGCAUGGGUGUGCCUUCAGAAAAUAAUCAUUUCCUCUUCAUCUCCAACUAAUGCAAGUGUUUUUGCCAAAUUCUACAAAUUGAAAGCAAAAAUAAACAACAAUAUAAACUACAUCCUGUCUAUAAAGAACGAAGGAGCUAUCGGACUGUAAAAAAAAAAAAAAAAAAAAAUCUCUUCCCUCAUUUCCAGUAGGGUUUUGAGGAUUUUGCCCCACGAUAACUCAGUUUUGUGAUGAAAAACAAUUUAACUAUCACAGUACAGGUAAAUUUACUAUAUGAUUUCUUUAGUUGUAGCUAAAUGUUAGAUCCAUUUGGGAAAUAAUUCCCUUUAAAAUGAUAGCACAGUCCAUCCAAGGGAUUGCCUAGCAAUACAGCAUCUUUCCUUUCAUUAUUCCAGACCAAAGUUUUUAAGAUGGUUUGUCAAAAAGGACACAAAGUCCAAUGACCUAACAUUACAUGAGUCGGUAUGCUCAAAAUUAAUUUGGUUCUGUGGCAGGUAUGAUCUAUAUAGUGUUCCUGUGGACAGGAGCAUUUUGCAUAUUUUCCAUCUGAAAACAUCACUCAAUCGAUAGUUUGGUAUGCAUGUUAUAUUUUUAAAAGUUCCAAAAUAUAGUGUAACAAAUAUUCCAUGCUGGUAUGCAGCAAAGCAAUCUCUGAAAUAACUAAUUCUGCAGUAAAAUCUUUCUCUAUAGCCAUGUCAACUCAAACAAGAAAGACCAAAAAGAAAAAAAAAAUUACCAUGCUUUUUUCUUCUUACAUGAUAUAUGUAAGCUGUGUUCAAAUGACAAGACACCAGUGAUGAGGAAUAUCUUAAAAUAUAUUAAUUAUUAAAUUAUCAUAGAUAUUAAAUUAUUUCUGUCAUAAAGAAUGAAAACUACAUUUUUGGAGGAAAAUGCUGUUUUACUCUAAGAAGUAUUAUAUUACAAGAAUAGUUUGAUGGUUUUACUCUUUACUAAAGAAAGACCAUAGCCUUGAAAGCCAUUUUGCAAGUUUGAUGAUGUUACCAAUUUCACUAUACCUAGAGAAAUUUCUGCAAAUAGUUCCCUUUUGCAAGUCAUAAUAACAACACAAACCUACUAAUUUAGUUAGAAACAAGAGAUUUCACAGAGGUUGUACAUAUUUAAGAUAGCUAAUAUCUUGCUCUGAAAGAAACGUAAGUAAAAUUUAGUCCCAAAGUACACCAUAAGUCUAUUUUAAUUAGAAAUAUGAAUCCUGAAUGAGGAGGCAUAAACAAAGUUUCCACAAAUGGCAAUAAUAUAGAAUGCUAUUAAAUGUUCACUGUAAUAAUUUAUUACAUUAUUUUGACUGAUAUAUUAAGAAAGGGUUUUUUUUAAACAUAUAUGGCAUUUUAACUUUGAUUAUCAUUGAUUUGCUUUUAAAAAAUAUUCUUUGUGGAAUUGGUGAGUAAGCUACAAAAUACUUUUUGUGUGUAUUGCAGCUUUAAAGUGGCACACUCCAUAAUAAUCUACUUACUAGAAAUAGUGGUGCUACCACAAAAGUGUUAACCAUCAGUACCAUUGUUUGGGAGAAAGAAACAGAUCAAGAAUGCAUCCUACACAGUGACCGCUUUCCUAGAGUUAAAAAUACCUCCUCUUUGUAAGGUUUGUAGGGUAAAUGUGAGGUAAAUUGAGGUAUAAACUAUGGAUGAACCAAAUAAUUAGUUCAAAGUGUUGUCAUGAUUCCGAAUUUGUGGAGUCUGGUGUUUUUCCCAUAGAAUGUGACAGAAGUACAGUCAUAGCUCAGUAGCUAUAUGUAUUUGCCUUUAUGUUAGAAGAGACUUUCUUGAGUGACAUUUUUAAAUAGAGGAGGUAUUCACUAUGUUUUUCUGUAUCAAGCAGCAUUCCUAGUUGUUAGGCCCCUGGACAGAGUGAAAUCACGAGUAUUUAUGAGUUCAAUAUUGUUCAAAUAAGGCUACAGUAUUUGCUUUUUUGUGUGAAUGUAUUGCAUAUAAUGUUCAAGUAGAUGAUUUUACAUUUACGGACAUAAGAAACGUCUGAUUACUCCAUUUUAUCAGUCCUGAUUGUACAAGAUUGUUGCAGUUUCAGAAUAGCAGUUUUAUGAAACUGAUUUAUCUUUUGAUCUAUAACAAUUUUUUCUAGCUAUUCAUUUCAGCAUUAUAUUUCCACGGGUUUCAUUUGUGGGACUCCUUUUGUUGCCCCUGAAUUUUUUUCAAAGAAAGAAAAAGGAAAAAAAAAAGAGUAGUUGAGAAAGGAGAAUAGAAAGAAAAGAAAAAGCUUUAAAAGGGAAGGAAGUAAAGAGAGAAGGAAACAAGAAAGAAGGAAGAAGGGAGGAAGAAAAAGAAGGAACGAAGGAGGGAGGAAAGAACUGAAUAUUUAGGUUAGUUGACUCAAUUCAUUUGCAUUCUUGAUUUAACUGCAAGUGGUGUAAUUAUGUUUUACAAUGAUCCCAUUUGAAACAUAAGUCCUGUUACACCAGUAAGUUCCAAUUAUAUAACAAAAAGUACUGCCCAGAUCACACUAUUGUGUUUUGGGGGGACACUAAAAGAUUUGCGUGAGAGAAUGUCAAACUUAAAGUCACUUUGGGGAGAAUUUAAGCUUAACUGAGAAAUUAAUGUUUCAUCAUAACAUUUAAGCUAUAUCUAGAAAGUAGACUGGAGAACUGAGAAAAUUACCCAGAUAAUUCAGGACAAUAUAUAUAUAUAUAUAUAUAUAUAUAUAUAUAUAUAUAUAUAUACAUAAAUACCCCAGUGUGUGAACUCAGAAAACUCUGAGAAAUUUAUCAAAGCCAAUCAUCUAUAUUGAUCAAAUUUACUGAAUUAUUGUUAAUUUAUCCAUUGUGCUUAGCUUUGUGACACAGCCAAAAGUUACCUAUUUAAUCUUUUCAAUAAAAAUUGUUUUUUGAAAUUCAGAAAUGAUUUAAAAAGAGGUCAGGUUUUUAACUAUUUAUUGAAGUAUGUGGAUGUACAGUAUUUCAAUAGAUAUGAAUAUGAAUAAAUGGUAUGCCUUAAGAUCCUUUGAAUAUGUAUUUACUUUAAAGACUGGAACAAGCUCUUCCUGUCUUUUAGUAAAACAUCCAUAUUUCAUAA